GCGCCCUGGGGGCAGGUGGAGAGGCCCGCUGGGAUCGGGUGGCGCCGAAGAGUGGCGCUUCCAGCUUGCCACGCGCAAGGGUAGGGUCCCGGAAGGUUCCAUGAUGGAGUUUGAACAUUACCUCAAGAGGUUUCAUAUUUUGGAUUAGUUAAUCAUAUUUACCUUCUGCUGAGACCUUGGAAACUUCAGACUCAAUUUCUGUGUCCUUCAAGACAUUAAAUGCAGAGAGACUGUAUCAUGGACUACAAGGAGAGCUGCCCAAGUGUGAGCAUUCCCAGCUCUGACGAACACAGAGAGAAAAAGAAGAGGUUCACGGUUUAUAAAGUUCUGGUCUCUGUGGGAAGAAGCGAAUGGUUCGUCUUCAGGAGAUACGCAGAGUUUGACAAACUUUACAAUUCUUUGAAGAAACAGUUUCCUGCUAUGGCUCUGAAGAUCCCGGCCAAGAGAAUAUUUGGUGAUAAUUUUGAUCCAGAUUUUAUUAAACAAAGAAGAGCAGGAUUGAACGAGUUCAUUCAGAAUUUAGUCAGAUAUCCAGAGCUUUACAACCAUCCAGACGUCCGAGCCUUCCUUCAAAUGGACAGCCCGAGACAUCAGUCAGAUCCAUCUGAAGAUGAGGAUGAAAGAAGUACUCCGAAGCCACAUUCUACCUCACGGAACAUCAACCUGGGUCCAACUGGAAAUCCUCAUGCCAAACCAAGUGACUUCGAUUUUUUAAAAGUUAUUGGAAAGGGCAGCUUUGGCAAGGUUCUUCUUGCAAAACGGAAACUGGAUGGAAAAUUUUAUGCUGUCAAAGUGUUACAGAAAAAAAUAGUUCUCAACAGAAAAGAGCAAAAACAUAUUAUGGCUGAACGCAAUGUGCUCUUGAAAAAUGUGAAGCACCCAUUUCUGGUUGGAUUGCACUAUUCUUUCCAGACAACUGAAAAGCUUUAUUUUGUUCUGGAUUUUGUUAAUGGAGGGGAGCUCUUCUUCCACCUACAGAGAGAAAGGUCUUUUCCUGAGCCCAGAGCGAGGUUCUAUGCUGCUGAGAUCGCCAGUGCCUUGGGUUACCUGCACUCCAUCAAAAUAGUGUACAGAGACUUGAAGCCAGAAAAUAUCCUUUUGGAUUCCAUGGGACAUGUUGUCUUAACGGAUUUUGGGCUUUGCAAAGAAGGGAUCGCUAUUUCUGAUACCACCACCACAUUUUGUGGUACACCAGAGUACCUUGCACCUGAAGUGAUCAGAAAACAGCCGUACGACAACACCGUGGACUGGUGGUGCCUGGGAGCUGUUCUGUACGAGAUGCUGUAUGGGCUGCCCCCUUUUUACUGCCGAGAUGUUGCGGAAAUGUAUGACAACAUUCUUCACAAGCCCCUGAACUUGAGACCAGGAGUGAGCCUCACAGCCUGGUCCAUCCUGGAGGAACUCCUAGAAAAAAACAGACAAAAUCGACUUGGUGCCAAAGAAGACUUUCUUGAAAUCCAGAAUCAUCCUUUUUUUGAGUCACUCAGCUGGACUGACCUUGUACAAAAAAAGAUCCCACCGCCUUUUAACCCUAAUGUGGCUGGACCAGACGAUAUCAGAAACUUCGAUGCCGUCUUCACUGAAGAAACGGUGCCCUAUUCCGUGUGCGUGUCUUCUGACUAUUCUAUAGUGAAUGCCAGUGUUCUGGAGGCAGACGAUGCAUUUGUUGGUUUUUCUUACGCCCCUCCUUCAGAAGACUUAUUUUUGUGAACACUGUCAUUCAGAAACCGAGGAGCAACCUCUAGCCUGCAGAAGAGCUGGAAACACUUAUUUGUGUGAAUAUAUUCAACUUUGUAUAACAGUGCCUCAUUUUUAUAUGUAACAGUGAAAACUAUGAAAUACGUAUUUUCUGCUGUAUGCAAAAAAUAAUAGGGCAUUUCAAAGAGCUAAGUUUUGAACUUAAAUUUGUAUUCUUGUUUAUUAAGCUUAUUUUUAAACAAAAUUUUAAAGCUAUUAUUCUUAGCAUUAACCUAUUUUUAAAGAUAACUUUUUGCUAUUGACUGUUUUUCUUUCCUGUUAAGUUUACACUAACACAUCCAAGAUAGACUGUUUUAAUAGUCUGUUACAGUUAAGAUAAGAUGUAUUAAUAUCUGUAAUUCUAUGCCUUUUAUCAUAGCGGAACUAUGCAAAUGGUACAUGAUGGUUUGUGAUGGUUUAUGAUGAAACCCUAUCUUCCCAUGAUAAUUUACUCUUUGCUUCUUAGUCGGACGCCAGCACAGAGGCAGAUGAGCCGACGCCCCGGCUGCUACUGGGCAUUCGCAACCGCUCAUUUGCAGCCCCAUAAGAAAAAGCAGAAGGCAGCCAUUUGCUUUUGGAAUACCCAGAUCUCAUCCAUGGAUCACUUUUCCUCUAAAGGAAAAGAAAAUACUUAACAUCCAGGAAUUUUUAGAAUUCUCAACGAACUGAGAAGUAAUAAAAUGCUACCAGAUAUUUUUUUAGGUGGUGCCAAACAUAGAUGUCUCUGUCACGUGUUUAUAUUAGAAAUGUUUUCUAUUUAUGUUCCUGCUGACCCUUGGAAGGUUUAGUAGGUCUAAACCUUGGUGUCUGUUUUUGCAGAUAGCUAUUUCAAAACUGCCUUCUUAAUUGAUCAUGUUUUUAAAGUGACAGAAAAGAAGUAGCCUUCUGUAAUGUUUACUUAGUUGUGAAUUAAGUAGUAAAACAGCAAGUCUGGGUCAGCGCGAGUGUGUGUCCCCACCACAUUCCAACAAAAGGUAACAGUAAUCGAGUGUAACGUUUUCAGUAUUACUCGUGUUGCAGUGCAGGGAUCAGACAUGCACGAGGCUUGUGAAUGCUAAUCAGAGCAUUCCCUAUCUCUGACGCGCACACAUGCCUCUUGCUAUCUCUAUGUGUCUUAGAAGUAGUUCAGAACAACCUGCCGGUUACCAUCUGCACCCACGAUGGUAAGAUGUUAGGUUCAGAGGGUGCUUCUGGGGACUCCAGCUCCUGGAGGACAGCUUCCCAGGUCCUUAAGGGGACAGCGUCAUUAGCUUAGCUGCGCUAAGAACAAACUUUCCUUGCAUGUGGCAAAUGAGAAAUAUUUCUCGUACCCUUUGGCUAAAAUACGUUCAGCAGGAUGGGGACAGGCGGUGCUUCAGUGUGACAGGUAGUCUUUGUGUGCAUGCAGUACACUGGAUCUCCCUCACAGGUGAGAUGUUACGCCUACACUGUACAUAACUGGAUCCAGGCUACUUCUGUCAUCUCUACUUUAAUAACGGAGUUUUUGGUUGGUUAUGAAUCAAAACAAAAAUUGUACAUACAUGAUUUUUUUUACUCUAAUAUCCCUUAAUUAAAUUGCCAGAAAUUAAAGUGUAAUAUUGUAUUUUUAAAAAGAAAUUUUAGAUUUUUGAUGUUUUUUUGGAUCACAAGAAAUACAGACCUAUGUAAUAUAAUAAAAUUAGCAAACGUUUAAUGAUCA